UCCGUGGCCAAUCACAAACCUCCACCUCCCGGGGUUAGGGGGCGCGCGCAGCUACCAGGCUCGCUCCUGGACUCGAAGUGCGCGCACGCAUGUGCUUGUUGUCAUUGGGCUCGCAAACCUGCAGGAAGUGGGUCGCUGCUGUAAAAACGAGGAGCUACUGUUACAUCCCCACAUAACUGGUCUGUCCUGGUGCUGUCCAGGAUCAUGAGAAUAAAUGAGAACACGCUGCUGGAGGGGAAGCAUGUGGUACUGGUGCCCUACAACCCAGAGCAUGUGCCCAGAUACCACCAGUGGAUGGGCUCUGCAGAGCUGCAGAAGCUGACCGCAUCGGAGCCUCUGACUCUGGAGCAGGAGUACGAAAUGCAGAAGAGCUGGCGGGAGGACGAUGACAAAUGCACUUUCAUUAUCCUGGAUAAGCAUCGCUGGGCAGACCCCUCGGUGCCGGAGCAGGACUGCAUGCUGGGGGAUGUGAAUAUCUUCCUCACAGACCCCGAAGACACUUCUCUGGGGGAGGUUGAAAUCAUGAUUGCAGAGCCCAGUUACCGAGGCAGAGGGUUUGGCAAGGAAGUGACCCGCAUGAUUAUGUGUUAUGGAGUAACAAAACUUGGAAUUUCAAAGUUUGAAGCCAAAAUCGGCCUGGAGAACAAAGUCAGCAUCGCCAUGUUUAAGAAGUUUCAUUUUCAGGAGGUAUCUCUCAGUGAGGUUUUCCAGCAAAUAACGUUACAGCUGACGAUAGAUGAGGCGCAGAAGAAGUGGCUGCUUGGAGGCAAGAAGUUUAUGGAGGAGAAAGAGUACAAGAAGACAAAGACCAACAUCAGACAGGAAGAGAGCUGUCCAUAAACUGAGGAAAUCAUGAAGACAAGACAGCGGAGGGAGGCACAGAGUUUCAGUGUGGCCAGCAAACUAUUUGAUUUCCCAACAUUAUUUAUGUAUUUAGUUUUUUUUUUUUUAUCAUUAUUAUUAUUAUUAUUAUUUUUUUUUUUUAAAUACAAAAUCAAGCUUUUCUAACAUGUGCCAAAGAGAGGAACAUGCGUUUGAGACUGACUAGCAAACUUCCUAUCAACGCAGCUUUGAAAUGUAGAUUCACAAAUAGUCGAAGUCUUGCUUCUUUCAAACGCUGGGAGAUCUAGAUCAUUAACAACAUGUUAAUACUAGGGCCAGUCAUUCUCAGGCUGUUGCUACUGUGUAUUAAAUAACAAAUGCAUUAACAUCCAUUAAGAGCUGUUUUAAUUGAAUCCUAAUCUGUGCACUUCCAUUAGAAUGGCACACCUGUGUCACAGUGUUAGUGGGGUCAGUAUGAACACCAAGGCUUUAAAAUAUAUUGUCUUACCUUCUGUUAGCUCUAGCAACAUUAUCACUACCGCCACAUUCCCUGGGUUCAAAAAUGCAAUACGGUGCUAUAGAUUGAGUGUUGCUUCCUUAUGGCUUCAUUUUCUGUGCUCUAAGUGAAUUGCACUCUUGUGGUCAAGCUAUAAGCAGACCAUGUGACCUAGGGGAGUGAGCGAUAGCUUUGUAUCCAGCUAGUAAGAAAAAGAAAAAUGAGGAACCAAAAGAUUCCCACCGCAGUGGGAUAGAGCCAGUGCUCACUCAGAAGAGGUAACAAAAUGAAUCUCAAAGCCUUGGUUGUUGGCACACCUUAAAGUGGCAUACAGGGCUGUGAUACCAUUUUGUCAGCUGACUUUUAGAUGUUCCCUUUGUCUUAUAUAGAUACUGAUCAAAGAGGUUAGAUUGUUUUGUACUGUACUUAAAGAAUUAGAGAACACAGUGGCAUUUGUACAACAGGAUCAUGAAUUUCACUGCAUUUCAUUUUGUAAUCAUAAUGCUGAUCGUUUGAUAGGGCUUCUGAGUGGCGCACCCGGUAAAGGCGCUACGCGUGGAGUGCAGGAUGCGCCUUGCCGGUUCGAGUCCAGGCUAUUCCACUGCCGACCGUGGAUGGGAGUUCCCAGGGGGCGGUGCACAAUUGUAGUCUGGCCGGGCGCCUGCGGGCUUGCCAGUAAGCUGCCCAGAGCUGCAUUGUCCUCCGACACUGUAGCUCUGAGGUGGCUGCAUGGUGGGUCUACAGUGUGAAAAAGAAGUGGUCGGCUGAUGGCACACGCUUCAGAGGACAGCGUGUGUUUGUCUUCGCCGCUUCCGAGUCAGCGCGAGGGUGGUAGCGGUGAGCUGAGCCUGAAAAUAAUUGGCUAUUCCAAAUUGGGAGAAAAAAUGAUAAACACAAUUGGCGACUACUAAAUUUUAAAGAAAUAAAUAAAAAUAAUGCUGAUCUUUUAUGUAUUUUGAAUACCACACCCUAGGUCUCUAAAAUCAAGAAAGACAAACACAUUGUAAAUUUAAAAAUAUAUAUACAUCAUUUUUAAUCUAAACGUUUUCUUUUGAAUAAUUUAUCAGAACAUGUGAACACCAAUUAACCACAUACCUUAUAUGGUAAAUGCUGUAUGAGGUAUGGACCCCACCACAUGAGUAACAGAAGAACGCUUAAAUUAAAAUGAAACUCUAAAAAAGCAGUACAUCUAUUGUAACAUGUUUAUUCCAUUAAGAUGCUUCAAUCAGGUCAGAUAACCAAAACUCACAAUUCAGAUUUUUUCUUUCACGUUAUAAAAUUGUCUUAAGUUUUUACACUAUUAGUAAUAACAAUGGAGUGAAAACUGCUCACACAACAGGGGGACUUAAUGCACCAAGUUAUUUCCGGCUUUGUCAUAGAACACAGUUUAUUGGUGAAUUUAAAAUCUGCUCCACAGUGUGUCAAAUGUAUUUUUAGGAAUUACAGCAAAUUGCAGCGCUAGUGCAGCACAGGGUGCAGAAAGAGCAAUGUGAUGAGCUGCUGUGUUCUGUAAUUCUUCACCCUGUGGAAUGUGCCGCAGGCAUUGCAACUUUUAACUGAAACGAGUUCCGUUCCUGUACGAUGGUAGUCUGUUAAUGUUGCUGCUUUUGUACUGUGUGUGUGUGUGCAGUUAUUUUAUUAUGAUUGUGAUUAUUAAAAAGCAACUGUGAGCAA